AUGUGUCCCAGUUCUCCACCCUCCCUAUUGCUCUCACAUUUGCAUCCCUCAUGAUUAACACUAAUAAAAUGCUCUGUUAAAAUCCAAGGCCUUUGUGACUCCUCUCUUAUGUGCUUCUCUGCAGUAGAGGAAGAAGACCCAAAUUUCUGGAAUGUGAAAGGAAAGCAGGCACUGUGGAAGGCCCUGAACCUGAAGCCCAACCCAUACCGGGCUAAGAACCUCAUUCUCUUCCUCGGUGAUGGCAUGGGCAUCGCCACAGUGACGGCAGCCCGGAUCUUCCAAGGGCAGAUGGCAGGGAAGACAGGCGAGGAGAACUCCCUAGCCAUGGACACCUUUCCCUACCUGGCUCUGUCAAAGACCUACAAUGUGGAUCAGCAGAUGCCUGACAGUGCGGGCACGGCGACUGCUUACUUGUGUGGUGUCAAGGCCAACUAUGGCACACUAGGCCUUAGCGCAGCAGCCCGGCGGAGCCAGUGUAACAUCAGCAAAGGCAAUGAGGUCUUUUCUGUGCUGCACAGAGCCAGAAGGUCAGGGAAGUCGGUGGGCAUCAUAUCCACAGCACGGGUCCAGCAUGCCUCCCCGGGAGCUGCGUACUCGCACUCAGCUGACAGGGAGUGGUACAGUGACGCUGAAAUGACCUCUGAUGCACUACAGCAAGGGUGCCGGGACAUCGCCUACCAGCUGGUCCACAACACAGACAUCCAAGUUAUCCUUGGAGGAGGGAGAAAGUACAUGCUUCCCAAUGUGACUCUGGAUCCUGAAUAUCCGAAAACCACCGGAACCCGACUGGACAAUGUUAACUUGAUCACUGAAUGGCUCAAAGGCAAAAAGAAUGCAAGAUUUGUGUGGAACAAGGCAGAGCUGGAUAGUGUCAAUGUGGAUAAAACAGACUAUCUGAUGGGGUUGUUUGAGCCAUCGGACAUGAGGUUUGAGGUGGACCGUGAUACCACCACUGAUCCCUCACUCAUGGAGAUGAUGGAAAAAGCCAUUCGGAUUCUCAGGAGGAACCCCAAAGGAUUUUACCUUUUUGUGGAAGAUGAUGGGAGGAUAGAUCAUGGCCACCAUGCUGGAAAGGCCAAACUGGCCCUCACAGAGGCAGUGGAGCUGGACCGGGCCAUCAGGAGGGCAGGAGAGCUCACCAGUGAACUGGACACCCUAUCAGUAGUUACUGCUGAUCACUCCCAUGUCUUCAGCUUCGGCGGGUAUUCCACCAGGGGUAACCCUGUCCUGGGGCUGUCAAGAGUUAUAGCUGCUGAUGGAAAGCCAUUCACUAACGCUCUAUAUGGAAAUGGGCCUGGGUACAGGCUUGAGAAUGGAAGCCGGCCCAAUGUUAAUGUAACUGUUGCAGACGGCAAUGACUACAUACAGAACGCUGCAGUGCCUCUCCCUUCAGAGACCCAUGGCUCAGAAGAUGUGGCCAUUUUUGCCAAGGGCCCCAUGGCCCACCUGUUCCAUGGAGUGCAGCAGCAGAGCUACAUCGCACACGCCAUGGCCUUCGCUGCCUGCAUCGAGCCUUACACAGACUGCCAGCUGCAGCCAUACGUGGAGCCCAGCACUUCCGCUGCCUCACAGUCCAACUUCCCAACCCUUAUGCUGAGCCUGCUGCCUGCUGUGUACGCCUAUAUUUGUGCAUGA